ACAGAUAGUUGGAAUUAUUACUUAGUUACUUAUUACUGUAACAGUUGGAAUUAUUUGACUAAAUAUUAGUGAUAUAUUGGUCUCGAGGAAUCUCAAUGUAAAAAAGAUCUUUGACCUGGGUCUGAGGAACCGCAACACAACCUUGUACACCAAUGAAUCGAUAACGUGUAGAACCGAAAUAUUACGGAAUCUCUUCUGUUUCUUGUGCGAUGGCUUCUAUGAAACCAGUGAGUGUCACUGCCACACCCAUUCUCUCUGUGCCACCUCCCCCAAGCUUGACUCACGCGCUUUCCCCUCACAUCACCCGCUCCUCCCCACCCAUCACCCCUCACCCUCUGUCCUCCUCCUUGCCCUCUGGCGGCGAGUGCAGUGCAGAUCUUAACCGAUGCACCCCCCGCAAACAACGACGUCUCUUCAACCUGGUCGAUAUCAGGAGCGGCGUGGCGGGGUCUAGCGUGGAGCUGGGCGGCGUCUCGCACCCUCAGCCACCACAGCUCGGCAAGCGGCAGCGGGCGCCGCUCGCUCACCUCGACUCCAAGUUUGUCGUCUCGCAG